GGCCGCAGCGGCUGACGGCGGGGGAGGAGCCGGGUCCGCUGCCGGUUGGAGGGGCCAGGCGAGUGUCCUUAUCCUAGCUAUUGGGGCUCCGGCCUGUAAGCCAGUUGGAGUCGCGUCAGCGAGAACGAUUGGGCCGAGCGGAGAAAGUCAUGUUGCUCUUCGUGGAGCAUUUGUAGGGUUAAGUGGCAUGGGAUUUCUGUUUCUGAUAGUAAAUAGCAGGUAACAUCUAAAGGAACUGGCUUAAAUCCUAAUGCCAAAGUAUGGCAAGAAAUACCUCCAGGAAAUACUGAUGCCACACCAGUAACUCAUGGAACUGAAAGCUCUUGGCAUGAAACAGCAGCCACAUCAGGGUCUCAUCCUGAGGGUAAUAGAGAACUUGCAGAUGAUAUGUGUAAGGAAUAUGAAGUAAUGUAUUCAUCUUGUGAAACCACAAGAACUACUACAGGCAUUGAGGAAUCAACUGAUGGAAUGAUUUUGGGACCAGAAGAUCUGAGUUACCAAAUAUAUGAUGUUUCUGGAGAAAGCAACUCAGCAAUUUCUACAGAAGAACUAAAAGAGUGUUUGAAGAAACAAUUAGAAUUCUGUUUCUCACGAGAAAAUUUGUCAAAGGAUCUUUACCUCAUAUCUCAAAUGGACAGUGAUCAGUUCAUCCCAAUUUGGACAGUUGCCAACAUGGAAGAAAUAAAAAAACUGACCACAGACCCUGACCUAAUUCUUGAAGUGUUGAGAUCUUCUCCCAUGGUGCAAGUUGAUGAGAAGGGCGAGAAAGUGAGACCAAGUCAUAAGCGUUGUAUUGUAAUUCUUAGAGAGAUUCCUGAAACAACACCAGUAGAGGAAGUAAAAGCUUUGUUUAAAAAUGAAAACUGCCCCAAGGUGAUAAGCUGUGAAUUUGCACACAAUAGCAACUGGUAUAUCACUUUCCAGUCAGACACAGAUGCACAGCAGGCUUUUAAAUACUUAAGAGAAGAAGUUAAGACAUUUCAGGGCAAGCCAAUCAUGGCAAGGAUAAAAGCCAUCAAUACGUUUUUUGCUAAGAAUGGUUAUCGAUUAAUGGAUUCUAGUAUGUAUAGUCCUCCCAUUCAAACUCAAGCACAGUAUGCCUCACCGGUCUUUAUGCAGCCUGUAUAUAAUCCUCACCAACAGUACUCUGUUUAUAGUAUUGUGCCUCAGUCUUGGUCUCCAAAUCCCACACCUUACUUUGAAACACCACUGGCUCCUUUUCCCAAUGGUAGUUUUGUGAAUGGCUUUAAUUCACCAGGAUCUUAUAAAACAAAUGCUGCUGCUGCUGCUGCUGUGAAUAUGGGUCGACCAUUCCAAAAAAAUCGUGUGAAGCCUCAUUUUAGGUCAGGUGGUUCAGAACACUCAACAGAGGGCUCUGUGUCAUUGACGGAUGGACCAUUGAACAGAUCUGGUUCAAGGAACUUUCCAACUGAACGACAUAACCCUACAGUAACAGGGCACCAGGAGCAAAGCUACCUUCCAAAAGAGACUCCCACUUUGCAGAUGGAACAGAAUGGGGACUAUGGUAGGGGCAGGAGAACUCUCUUCAGAGGUCGAAGACGUCGGGAAGAUGAAAGGAUCCCAAGACCCCAUCCUUCAACAGCUGAAGCAAAGGCUCCAACACCAAAGUUUGACUUAUUAGCCUCAAAUUUUCCUCCUUUACCUGGAAGUUCAUCCCGAACGCCAGGUGAACUUGUUUUGGAGAGUAGGAUGUCUGAUGUUGUUAAAGGUGUCUGCAAAGAAAAGGAUAAGGAAGAGUUGAGAGUUAGUUGCCCAGUGACUGCAGAGGAUGAACAGACAGACUGCACCUCUGCCCAGCAACUCAAUAUGAGCACCAGUCCUCCAUGUACAGCUGAGCUUUCUGCAUUAAGCACAACUCAGCAAGAAAAGGAUCUAAUAGAGGAUUCCACUGUUCAGAAAGAUGUUCCCAACCAGACAACUAUACCAGUUUCUUCCCCGAGUACUGCAAAGCCAUCGAGAGCAAAUACUGCUUCACCGUGUAAUAGUAACAGAAGUGCAGCUGUAGCCGUGGCCCUACAGGAACCUCGGAAGCUAAGUUAUGCUGAAGUGUGCCAGAAGCCCCCUAAAGAGCCAUCUCCAGUUCUUGUGCAGCCACUGCGAGAACUUCGCUCCAAUGCAGUAUCUCCCACCAAAAAUGAAGAGAAUGGAGCUCCUGAGAAGUCCUUCGAGAAACAACAUGAGAAGCCAGAAGCAAGGGCUAGUAAGGAUUACUCUGGCUUCCGAGGCAAUGCCAUUCCUAGGGGAGCAGCUGGAAAAAUCAGGGAACAGAGACGCCAGUUUGGCCAUAGGGCUAUACCUCAGGGAGUGACUCGACGUAAUGGCAAAGAGCAAUACGUGCCACCCAGAUCACCAAAGUAAACAAAAACAAAAAAACUGUUCAAAAACUUCUCUCUCUUCCCAUUAAACUUGAGCCUGGCUAUAUUGAACUGUUUUGGAGGGGAGGGCGUGGCCAGGAAGGAAACAAGAGAAAGUACAUCCUUAAAUCAUUAUGGAUUUUGGAGUUGUGAGCUAUAGAAUCCCAAAAUUCAUCUCUAAAGCGAUUUUAAAAUGCUGGAGGAUUCCAAUCAGUAUAAAUAUAUAUAUAUAUGUAUACAUAUAUAAAAAUAUAAUUUUUCUAUUUUUGUUUUUGAUUUUAAUUUGCAGAGAUCUUCUGCCUGGAAUCAAUUUUGAGGGUUCAGAUUUAGCUUGGGAAAAAAACACAUUAUACAUCCUUCAGUAUAGGAGAUGAGGGAGUGAGAGAAAAUAUUUUUUGAAGAAACAUUUCUGUAAAAUUAGAAAUUACUUUUUUUAAUCUAUUUAAAGUUUGGCUUGGAGAAUGCCAUUUCUGCCUAUAUGGCCUUGUGUUGCAAAACAGAUCAGUGGCUGGGGUGACUGUUGUGGUGUGAGUGUGUGCAAGUAUGAUUGAAGCCAAAUCUGUUGUCAUGUUAGUAAAUGAUUUGAAAACUGAAUGUAAUACUUGAGUAGAUUUUUUUUUUUCCAGUUUGAAAUUUAGUCUGUCUUUUUGACCUUACUAAUAUUUCAUUCAACAAGCUGUUAAACUCUGAUUGUACUUGGGGAUGUGACUACCAAUCAGUUUGAUACUCAAGGAAAGAAUGGGGGUUAUUUGAAAAAUUAAAAUUUUGUGUUAUAUCUGAGUGGGUGGGUCAAAUGGAGCUCAGAGGUUUAAGCUGCCCUGUGAUUUUUCUUCCCCCCCUAAAAUAGGAAACGAUUUCUUUCUUUUGUUACUUUCUUCCUUACUCUGUUCUUUGACUACCCACCCCCAAAAGCAAAAUAACCAAUCACCUACAGAAUUGUAUGUUUCUAGUAGCCUGGCUCAGUCUAGUCAAAUCAUAUAACUGUUCUAAAUUUCUGACUUGAACGUUAAAGUAUUUUACUCUUCUGGUCAUGUAUUUAGAACUUUAGAUCCCAGAAUGAUAGGGCAGACUGACCCUACAGUAAUUUAUUUGUGUUAGUGUUAAAGAUGAAACAUUGUAGCUGACUCUUAAAGUGUUAAAUAGUAUAGAUGUAAAAAGAAAUUUCUUUUUAAAGUUUUAAUUUGGGGACAACUUUUUCUGUUUACAAUGUAUUUAUCACCUUCCUUCUUUCCCUUUCUCAAAAAAAAAAAAAAAGCAGUUUGGAAUUCACAGAAACAGAACCAGCAAGUCACAAAAUUUUUGAGUUAAGGUUAGAAAGAUAGUUAAAAUUAACAUAUAAUUUCUCAGUGAAUAAAGUUGUAGCUCUCACAUUAAAUAGGCAAGUUUACAUGCUGGUGUUUAGAAAAUGGCUAAAAAAUUAAAAACCAUGUUGCAUUAAUCUGUUUUAAGUCAUACCAUUUUCAGAGUUCUAUGUAAGGUGGGGUUUUGUUUUCUUUUUAGGGAUAGUUUGUGAUAGUAAUAACUGUCCCUUAUGUUAGUGAAUUACAUAUGUACAAAUUGAAACUGUAAAUUGUGAACACUGGAAAGCACCAUUGUGACAUAGAGUAAACAUCUUAGUAAUAUAUUAAAAUGAAUGUAAAUGAGGGUUAAAAUUACAUUACUGUGAAACUCAUCUUCCAACUCUAAGUUAAGCUUUGGAGAUUUGUAUUAGUAGGUAACUGUUCAGAGCUUUGAAAACACCGCACAUUUCUGUACAAGCCAGAAUUAUCAUUUCUUUGUAACUUAUUAUUCAGCUUGGCAAUUGCUUUUGAUUUGGUGGAUUGAUAACAUGAUAUAAUAUAUUUAAGCAGUUUGAAACUAUUCAUUUCUACACACUAUUUUCUACUAAAUGAAACAUACAAUAAAACUACCUGUGCUGAAAUUUGGGGGAAGUUUAGGUCUUUAAAAAAAAAAAGUAUUAAUAAUCACUGACUACAUCUAUGAUAAAAGUGCUUAUUUUGGUUUACUUAGAUAAUGCUGCAGCUGGUGGAAAUGAUAAACGUUUAAAGUGUUAACACUCUGUGAAUGUAUUGGAUUUAAGAGAAUAAACAUUUUACAAAAAUC